AACUCAGGUUAACUAUUUAAUGCUGAUAAUAUCCUAGUUGUAGGGACAUGAAAAAAUGAGAAUCUCAGCAUCACAUGGCAAAACAGAAGAGUCAGAAUCCAAGAUUCAUGGAAAAGUAAAUGAAGAGUUGAGAAGACCAAGAUUAUCUAUAGACAUCUCAUCUGCAUUAAAAUAUUAAAAGCUCCAACUGAACCCUGUUAAAAUGGCUGCUCUUAUUGCUGAAAAUUUCCGCUUUCUUUCACUCUUCUUUAAAAGUAAAGAUGUGAUGAUUUUCAAUGGCUUGGUGGCUCUGGGCACUGUUGGAAGCCAGGAACUGUUCUCGGUGGUUGCAUUUCACUGUCCAUGUUCCCCAAUUCGGAAUUACAUCUACGGUCUGGCUGCCAUAGGAGUGCCUGCUCUGGCCUUGUUCGUAAUCGGUGUAAUCUGGAACAACCACACUUGGAACUUAGUGGCUGAGUGUCACAAGCGAGGAACCAAGAACUUUUCUGCAGCAGCUAAUUUCUUGAUCUUUGGAUCUGUCAUGGGAAGAGCUGCAGUGGCUCCUGUCACAUGGUCGGUGAUCUCACUGCUUCGUGGAGAAGCCUAUGUCUGUGCCUUAAGUGAAUUUGUGGAUCCCACUUCCCUGGAUCAUUUCCCACUUGGCUAUGGACCAGAUAUCUUGGCCAGGUUUCCUUGUGAAGAUCAGCCAGCCAACAUGACACGUUUUAAGGAUGAAGUUACAAGACGAUUAAGAUACGAGUCACAGCUCUUUGGAUGGAUGCUCAUUGGUGGGGUUGCAGUUCUUGUCUUCAUCACCAAGUGCCUAAAGCAUUGCUGCUCACCACUCAGCUACCGCCAAGAAGCCUACUGGAACCAAUACCGCUCUAGUGAAGCUAGGCUGUUCCAACGGACUGCGGAAGUACAUUCCAAGAUUGUGGCUGCCAACAACGUCAAAAACUUCUUUGGCUUUGUACACUUAGAUAAAGAGGACCAGGAACUGGUCCAAGCAUAUAAUGUGCACAAUGUUCAGCCCCGGUCACAAUGGGAUGCCAUCACUGGAGUCUACAUCUAUCGAGAGAAUAGUGGCUACCCUCUCUAUAGCCGCCUCCAUAAGUGGGCCAAAAAUGUAAUGGGAAACUCCUCUAAUCCUGAUAGCCAGGAAACAGCCUUCCUAGCUACCUAA